GGUUUUUUUAUUAAAUUUCAAUAAUCCAGGAAUCUGCCCCAAUAGAAACUUCUAAGUGGCCUCAUUGAACAAGCUCUCUAUAAAGCUCCUUUUUCCUGCCUCAAUCUUCAACUCGCCCUAACUAGAUAUCAUUCUCAAUUUCUAAUUUUUUUUUUUUUGGCACUCUCUUUCGCUUCCUGACAACUCCUGAAAAAGUUUCAGAAGUUGAAUAAGUUUCAGUUGUUGACUGAUAAAAAUGAAGCUAAUUGCGGGUGGAGAAAGGAGAUAUGCUCUUUUGCUGGCAGCCAGGGAUUCUGACUAUGUAAAGAAAGUGUACGGUGGUUAUUUCAAUGUGUUUGUAGCUGCUUUUGGAGAAGAAGGUGAAAGGUGGGACUUGUUCAGGGUUGUUGAUGGAGAGUUCCCUGACAUGAAUGAGCUCCACAAAUAUGAUGGAUUUGUGGUCAGUGGCAGUCCCUAUGACGCUUAUGGGAAUGACUACUGGAUUCUCAAGCUUUGCUUCCUUUUGCAGACCCUUGAUGCCAUGGAGAAGAAAGUUCUUGGGAUCUGCUUUGGCCAUCAGGUUUUGUGCAGGUCGUUGGGGGGAAAAGUUGGGAAGGCAUGCACUGGAUGGGAUAUUGGGCUGAGGAAAGUAAAAAUUGUAAAAGAUUUGUCCGAAUCCAGCUUCCUGGAAGACUUGGAUGAAAUACCUUCUUCCCUGUCUAUUAUAGAGUGUCACCAGGAUGAGAUAUGGGAAAUCCCUAUGGGAGCUGAAGUGAUUGCAUUCUCAGACAAGACGGGUGUGGAGAUGUUCGCAAUUGGGCAACACAUUCUUGGCAUUCAAGGCCACCCUGAGUACACCAAGGACAUCCUUUACAACCUCAUCGAUCGCCUUGUCAAUAACAAUUCCAUUGAGAGAGAUUUUGCUGCGAACGCCAAAGUUGGCUUAGAGAUAGCUGAACCUGAUAGGAAGUGCUGGGAAAAGAUAUGCAGGAAUUUUCUCAAGAGAAGACAGAAUUUCACCUUUUCCUAAAUCUGAUAAUAAUUGGAAAAUCUUUGAUUUGUUGGAAUCAUGUAAGAUCAAGUCUCUUGGAAGCAACACAAGUUACCUAACACGGUUAAAAGUUC